AAUUGCUCUGUUUCUGUGCCUUACAGAGAAUUACAGUGCCUUGUUGCGUAUGUUCUGGUGCAAACGACGAAGAAAUGGCUUCAAAACCACUAAAACCUUUGUAUUGGACUGAUGCUCAUUUCUGUGGCUUAAGAGCCCAGACUAACGUGUAUGGAUUAACAAAAAUAACGUCAAAGGAAGGUCUAACCAAAUUGUUAGCUGCGUCUAUCAAUGGUCACUUCGUAUCCGUAGAAUAUCAGAAGUCUUCCAACAGGUUAAUCCCAAUAACUCGGGAAGAUGUUUUCUUCAGUUCAGGUCCUCACUCAGGACCUGCUGGAGGCACAGAAGUGUUUGAAAUUGUGUCAGUUGAUGUGAUCUGUAACUCUGAUGGAAAGGAGAGAAUCAUACUGGCUAUCACAUAUCUACUGCUUGCGUCACAUUUUGAACAGAAGUCCCCAAGUCCGCAUAUGAAUAUCUACUUUCUGCCAGAGAAAGAACCAGAUGGACCAUACCUGAACAUCAUAGAUGCAGUUCCCUUGUCUCAAGUACAGAGCUUGAAUCUGGACUUUAUACCUUUUAAACUCAUGCAUUUUCCGAUCUACAAGGAUGAUGGCAGUAAAGAAAUGUGCUUUCUUCUUGGUGGAGGUGACCACAAAGUUCAUGUCUAUAGACAGUCUGCUGAGAGUGAGUCCUUUUACGAGGAGCAAGAAGCAGUUGACAAGUUUUUCCCUGAAUUUGCCAAGAUCGAUGGAGGUGUGACCCAGAUGGAGCUGAUGCAGGUCAAUGAUGAGGAACGACUGACAGCCCUAGGGUUGCAGACUGGCCUGGUGUCACUCACACACGUCAACAUCAAGACAAAAGAGAUCCUUAAGCGCUGGACAACUGAACUGGACAGUCCCAUCACAAGCCUACAGCUCUUUACCUUAUCCACAAGGGCGCCAUGUCCAGAGUUUCUGGACAAACAAGAUUUAGCCAUCCCUGAUGAGAAAGAGGAGGAACCUGAGGCUAUCAACCUAUUGGUGACGUCUGCUAUUGACCCUUCAGUUGUUUUCUGGGAUGUUGUGUGCUGUGGGUUGUCCCAAGUUCACCACCUGCCCUACAGCAAUAGCCAGGAUGUUGUUCUAUGCUCCUGUGUCAUCGACAUUGACUUUGAUGGCGAGAAUGAGAUACUUAUUGGUACCUACGGUCAGGUUUUGUUGGCUUACAAGUUUGUCCAAUAUCAACCUCAUUCUAUGCUGAUGACAUCCACACCAUUCCAAUCGCCCAUGCCAAUUGGCAUUAAACACACUCCGACCCCACCCAGCGACUCAGAGAAGCCAGUGAGGGGUGACUCAUCGUUUGAUCAGUGUGAUAAUCGACGGCGCCACAAAUCGAUGGCCACAGCACUGGACAGUAGUGAUGGGAUGAGCAAGCUUGACCGCCACGACAGACAUAAGUCAGAUGAAGUCUCGGCACUGCUCGAUGCUAGCCUGGUCAAAGACCACCAGAUGGCUCGGCUUGUCAGGUCUCAGGAAAACUUAGCUUCACCACGGUCAGUCUAUUUUGCUACCCCGGACCAUCUUGUUUCCUCUGAAUUGUCACUUCCCAGUGGCAACCUACCAGAACUGACAGAGUACCCAUGCUACAGACUGAAGUGGACAAAGCGUUUCUCUGACCCAGUGAUGGGCCUGACCUGCGAUGAUGUCAUGGGGGACGGGAUGCUUGACCUGGUGGUGCUCACCCUGAAGGGACUGCACAUCAUGCAGCCGGAUCUUAACGAGGUUUCUCAGCUGGUGCUGGAGCGUCUGCGUCUAGUUGUGGACCCGGGCAGCGAGGCUGACGAUGACUACCACCGCCUACAGACGGAGACACUGGACCAGGCUAACUGAUGAUUGGGAUGACCACACACCUCUGUCAUGGCUGAUUCAACAAGGGUGUGGGGGAUAAAGAAGGGGAGAGGAGGGGAAAAAGGCAGUGGAAGAGAGAGGCAGAAAGAGAAAGAGCGAGUGAGGAAGGCACAGAGAGAGAGAGAGAGAGAGAGAGAGGAGAGGUUGUAGUUAUUGAGUGUGAAGACUUGUUACCUAAGAAUGUAUAUUUACUAUCUCUGUAACACAGAAGAAAGAAAGGGGGAGGGGUGGAGAGAGAGGGACUGCCCAUUUGGUAUCUUGUAGCUGUUAUCUUGAGCAUGAAGACUUUAAAAACCUGAAAAUAUAUGUAUGUUGACUAUCAUGGAAGGGAUUUUUUAAAAAUUUGAUGGCUAAGUGUGGGAGUGAAAUGAAUUUGAGCAAUGCUCACAGAGAGGAAGAAAGGGAAAGAAAGAAGUGAGAAAAAAGAGUGAACAAGAGAGCGGGUGAGAGAGCUAGAGAGCAAGGAGAGAGAGACGAAGAAACACAGAAAAAUAGAGAGGGAGAGCAAGGAAUUGAGAGAGAGGGAAGACCAGAGAGAAAGGAAGAGGGAGACUGAGGGGAGGGCAUGAAACAAGAGAGAGUGAGAGAACAAGGGAUUGAGGAGAAAGAAGAUGCAGGAGGAAUGAGAGAGAAAGAGAGAGAGAGUGAUGCGUAUUGUGAACCUUCUCUAUCAUACUUAAUGUGGUUGCGAAAAUGAAAAUGUGUGAGACUUUAAUACCAGAUACUCUAAAAUAAUCUUUAUGUGCAAUAUAGUGCGAAGUUGGAAUGGCAAGUGAAUAAAAAUACUUUAUCACUUUU